CAGAUCUUUAAAAGGCACACGACACGAUCAAGAAAUAAGACUUUAGGACCAACCGGAGUUAAACGUAGUCAACCGCAGACGAUUCAGAGGAGAGUUUCAUUUCCGCCGGAAUAUUUCAACUCCGGUAAGUUAAAUUUUCACCUUACUCUACGGCCCUCCGGUCACUGAACCAUGUUUGCGUUUCCACUUCAUCUUUUGUUGAUCAUAUAUAUAUAAAGUCAAUAUUUUGGUGUAAACGAUCGAGACAAAGAUCUCUCAAGCAUGCUUAUUUCAGUCAGAGGCCAAUUUUUGAGAAACUAACGUUUGCAAAUUGUGAAAUUCGUUUAAUCUGGUCAUUUGUAUUUCAGUCUUGAUACAAAAAAGCUAUGCAAGGACGAGUUAGGGGAAGUGGGGAAGACAGGAUAAGCAUAUUACCUGAACCAUUGCUAUGUCAUAUACUUAGCUUUCUUAGGACUAAAGAUUCUGUUAGGACAAGUGUUCUGUCUUCUAGAUGGAGAGAUCUCUGGCUAUGGGUUCCUAGAUUAGACUUGGACAAAUCCGACUUCUCUGAUGACAAUCCAUCUGCCAGUUUCGUCGAUAAGUUUCUGAAUUUUCGAGGUGAAUCUUACUUGCGUGGAUUCAAGUUAAACACUGACCACGAUGUCUAUGACAUUUCUACACUCGACGCCUGUCUGAUGAGACUUGAUAAGUGUAAGAUUCAGCAUUUUGAAAUCGAGAAUUGUUUUGGCUUUUGUAUCCUCCUGAUGCCUUUGAUAAUUCCAAUGUGUCACACUUUGGUAAGCUUGAAACUCAGUUUCGUAAUUCUGAGUAAAUUCGGGUCUCUUUCUUUACCCUGUCUCGAGAUAAUGCACUUUGAAAAGGUUAUAUUUCCCAGUGACAAGUCUGCAGAGGUGCUAAUUGCAUGCUCUCCGGUUCUUAGAGAUUUGAGAAUAAGCCAGAGUGGAGAUGAUGCUGUUGAAGUUUUACGCGUCUGCUCUGCCUCACUGAAGAGCUUCACUCUGAAACGGACGGAUCAUGAUUAUGUUGGAAAUGGUGAAUAUACAGUUGUGAUCGAUACUCCGAGACUUGAGUAUCUGAAUCUCAAAGAUUAUCAAUGCCAAGGCUUCAAGAUAGUCAGUAUGAGUGAAUAUGUCAGGGUUCAUGUUGAUGUCGUAUUUGAAGUGAUAGGUGGUACUGUAUUGUCGAAAAGAAAUAUCAUUUGUGAUUUUCUAUCCUGUGUCUCAAACGUCAGAUAUAUGACCAUCUCAAGGAGGAGUCUUGAGUUCAUCUAUCGUCACCUGGAAUUGAAGCCACGAUUCAAAUUUCAUGACUUGGCUCGUUUGCGUGCUACUAUGUUCUCAAACUCCUCUCCGGAAAUGUUGCCAGUCAUUCUUGAGACAUGCCCGAAUCUGAAACACCUCACCUUGGAAUUGGUUCAUGAUUCUCUAGUGACGGAGGGGACAAGUGGACUUUUGACUGUGCUGCCUCGUUGUUUGAUAUCAUCCCUUGCAUCUGUCGAUAUCGAAAGCCCAAUCACGGAUAAAGCAACGGAACUGAAACUGGUUAGCUACUUGUUGGAGAACUCGACAACUCUGAAGAAGCUUGUUCUACGUUUGAAUCAGUCUUGUAGAGAUAAAUAUGAGCCAGGUCUCUUGAAACAAGUCUUACAAUCUCCAAGGUGCUCUAGUUUGUGUCAAUUAGUCAUUCUCUGA